UCAGUAUUUUCCGGUGAUAUAUCUUCAGAAAUAUAAAACCCCCCUAAAAUAUAUUCCUGGGUGCGCCCCUGUUCGAGAUAGAUGUCAAAUAUGCGAAAAGUACAAAGAGGAAUAAGAAAAAAAACUUAUUUCCUUCCCGCGGAAUUUUUAGCGCCAGCAACGUAUUGCAAUUUUAAAAGGAUGUCUAUCCAGCCGACGAAAAGGAGCUGUGCAUCGGGGGAGCAGUUAAGCGCGAUGCUUGACUUUCUGGGUGAAAACCCGAUUGUGGCGAGCGGCAAGUUCCAGAAGCUCCAUGGCAAGUUGGAGAACACCAAGAAGUGGGCAGAGAUGGCAGAUAAAUUGAAUUCUCUUAGGGGGGCUGCCAAAUCUGUGGAGCAAUGGCAAAAUGUCUGGCGCGACCUAAAAAGUCGAACAUCAACGCGAGUUCGUGAUCGUAAGAGGGAGCAAGCAUUGACGGGGAAUAUACCGCUUCAACAGCCUCCCUUGAACGAAUUGGAGAAGCGGGUAAUAGCUCUAGUGGGAAGCAGCUAUAUGGAGGGGCAACCGGAUGUCCAGGAGAAUAUUCCCAUGGAAGAGGAACUGCAAUUAACAUUGGGGGCGGCGGAUGAAAAUUUCCGCUUAGUCAUGGAGGAAGACACCAUGGUAAUUCCUCCACUAACGGUGUCGGAUGGCGAGUCGGAAAUUCGGUGCGAAACUCCGAAAACGCCGAGGCAAGCACCGCGCAGAAGCGCUAAGCGGAAACGUGCGGAAGAAUCGCCAACAAAGGCGAAAUUUUUAAGAAUUGCCGAGGCACAGGCCGAAUCAGAAAAGGCUUGCUGAAAGUGCUGCAACCAACGCGGAGGCCAACCGCUCCAAUGCUGAGGCAAUAUGCAGAAUGGCUGCUGCCACAGAGCGAAUGGC